AAUGUAAAAAGUAGUACUGCGUGAACAAACUUUCUUAACACCUUUUAGGCUGUUGCUUAUGGACCUAAUGAAAUAUCGAUGUAUUGGAGGCCUUUAGAAAGGUAUCCUAAAUGUUGUUGGUAGAACCUUAUUCUUGUUUGUUUUUUAGAUCAUAAAUUAGGUUUCAGUGACUGAACUGGAUGUAGCCUACUUUGUUUUGUUUGCUUUGUUAGGUUUCUGGAUAAUGGUUAGGCUGAAUAGCAAGGCCAAAUCAUCAAUCAAGGCCAAAUGACAAGAAUACUUCUGUCUUGAAGAUUUUUGUAUCACAUUUAAAUAAUGAAAUUUUAUAGUUAUGCAGUGAGUAGUAAAGGAUCAGUUUUAUUUAGCGCUUUUUGAUUGACAUUUAUUUCAUCUCAGAGACCCAUUUUUAGUAUUUUAAUAUUUUCUAUAAUAGCAUGCUUAUUGCACUGUGUGAUUUACUCCCACUUGUCCCAUUAUCUGAACAGGUACUCCUGGAUUCAUGACCAGGCCUGUCUCUACAUCCUGGGAACUGCCGUAGGAAAUAUGUGAAGUUUCAGCAGAGAACAGAGUUGGAAGGUCAAAGCAAGAGAUCCUGGAUCAGGUGAUGGCUGGCUGCCCUGUGGUGUGUGAGUGUCCGUCAGGGGCCCCCUCCUGUCCUCCAGGGGUCAGCGCUGUACCAGAUGGCUGUGGCUGCUGUAAAGUGUGUGCGGCACAGCUCAACCAGGACUGCCAUGAGGGACAGCCCUGCGACCACCACAAGGGCCUGGAGUGUAACUAUGGCAAUGAUGUGGGCCGUACCCAUGGCAUCUGCAGGGCAAAGGCAGAAGGCCGUUCCUGCGAAUAUAAUGGACACAUGUAUCAGAAUGGGGAGAACUUCCGUGCAGGGUGCAAACACCAGUGCACCUGUAUCGACGGAGCAGUGGGCUGUGUGCCCCUCUGUCCCAGCCAUGUACCACUGGCCUCGCCCUCCUGUCCAGCCCCACAGUUGGUGAAAGUCCCAGGGCAGUGCUGCCUUAGCAUUGACUGCCACAAGGGAACUACAGUGGUACCUCCAAUUCACAGAAAACCCCAGCCGCCUGCCUUCCACCCAUAUCUCUUCAUGCCAUAUCCAUCCUAUCCAUACACCAAACCUCAUCUCAAACCAUAUCACAAACUUUUCAAAUCUAAGAAAGACAAGGAAACUUAUGGAAAUGAGCUCCUUGAGGUCGGACGCAAGUGGGAGAAGGCACGUGGACACAAUCACCUGGCAGCAUGGAGGCAGGCGGGUGACCAGUGUGUGGUGCAGACUACUUCAUGGACACAAUGCUCCAGAAGCUGUGGGAUGGGCGUGUCUUCUCGGGUCACCAAUGACAACGCACGGUGCAAACUGAUCAAAGAAACUCGGCUGUGUAACAUCCGCCCGUGCAGUUCAUUGUCCAUGCCUGUCAAGAAAGGCCGUAAAUGUUCUCGCACUCACAAGGCGCCUGAGCCUCAGCGGUUGUCGUACGCUGGCUGCAGAAGCACUCGUCUCUAUAGACCAAACUACUGUGGAGUGUGUCGGGAUGGCCGCUGCUGCUCCCCCCGUCGCACACGCACUGCCUCUGUGGCCUUCUCCUGUCCUGAUGGAGAGCGCUUCCACAGGUCUGUCAUGUUCAUCCAGUCCUGUAAGUGCAGCGAUCAAUGCAACCACCUGAACGAGGCGGCCAUGCCCCCCCAGAGGUGGCUCUACGGGGACACGCACAAGUUCAUCGACUAGCCCCACAACACUGACGCUCCCCUUAGAGGUCCAGUAGAGAGUAGCUGUCCCUAGUGUAUUCAUGAGUAAAUGUGAGAAAGGCACACUCAACAAAGACCUUUUCGAAAAACUUUUUUAUUGUGGAAAAUGGGGAGAGCCUCCAACAAGUGCCUGUCUGUUUGGGACAGAACUAAACUGUAGUGAUGACACAGACUCAAGGGUGCACUGCCACACACUGAACUGUGAGACUGGACUCUGAUGAGGAGGGCACUAAGCACGCGCACAAAUGUGAUGGUCCUGUGUAAUCCUUGAUGUCAAUAGGCAGCACAGAAGCUGCUCACACGCUGCUGCAGGGUCAGAGUUGGACCCACGGUGGUCAUAUCUGGACCCUGUGAAGAUACACCAUGGAACAAAGCAGGGAAGAGUCCGGCGCAAAGAUGCUGUGGACAAGAUCGUCUUUUCAUGGUAUUUAUUCACUGCUAUUUAUUGAUGUGACUGUAGCGGGUCAUCAUACAGGAUGGAGCAACAGCGACUAAGCUCUGCAACAGACAGGAUCAUUGAUCCAUCUAGAUCCGCAGGGUCAGGGAUCAGGGAUUUGUGAUGAUGGAGGACAAAGUCAUGACUGGAGAAACAUAGAACGGGAGCGGAGCUUUACUAAAGCUAUAAGUUUUAGUAAAGGAUAAGUCAGAGGUGGUUUACACAGCUGCACUCUGCCUUAAAUCCACAACAAACUGAGACAUUUAGCAGCAGAAGAUGAACAAGCCUGGGAUUCUGGCGUCAACAAGUCCACUGGCUAAUUCAGCAAAUUAUACUCCUCAGAAAGCUGCUUGUGAGAAAAACUGCCUCUGCUGGUGUUAUAAAAAUAAAUUCACAAAACUUUGUUCUGAGGUAAACAUGUAAUUUGAGUUGCAAUUCUCAUCUGCCUGUAAUCUUCUCCUACCCCAUAGUAAUAAGCUCCCAACACCAAUGUUUAUACGUGCUACAUACUGUAUGUGUCGGUGGAUUUCUCCAUCUUUCACCUGCUGUUACUGCUACUAACCUUUUCUUACAAUGCAAAUGACAUUACAAGAAACUUCAUGCACCUUAUAACUGCUGGGUUUACAGAUGCAGCAUUGCUUUAGCCUAUACUUAUUUGAUAAAUCAUUUAUUGUAUGUUUAAAUAAUAAAAAAAAAAAUCUUAGCUUUCCUGUUAAACAUUUCAUACCUUUGAAAAACAUUCUCUGCUAUGACAAGUUUUGAUAAAAGCUUUUUUAUACUGUCAUAUUUGCCCUGUCCCAACUGUAUCAUUUCUUAAACAAUUAUUUUAGCAUUCACCAAUUCAGGAUGUCAGUUGGAAUUGUAUGCUUAAUAGUUAUGGUGUAAUACAUCUCGUUGUGCAUGUUUUAGUACUGUCAAAACAACUCAAAUAAAGUCC